CCGCCCAGUGUGGCAACAGUGAGCGGCAAAGGCGAGGACGGUUGUGAGUGGCGGCGGGUACAGGACACUUACCUUCUCCUGCCCCAUAUAAACCCAAGAGAGACCUCACAUUACCACUAUACACACAUCAUAUCGCUGCCAUGCCGGGCUAGCCGCUGGACCCUUGCUCGUAGUCGCGGCAAGCGUGAAAAUCUAGAAAAGAGGCUUGUUUACUGCCAUGGCGUCGAGGUGCAGUCCUUCCUGAGGCCGCUUGCGAGUGCUGCUUUAUUUAUUUACCUGUAGUGUGCGUGGGGACGUGAGCGUGGCGGUGGUGGGCCUUGCCUCACCCCGGGAUUAUGGUAAGAUGGAGGUGGAUGUCAGCGAGGUGUUGGCGGCUAUCGGGACGCUCUAUGACGCUCAGGUCCAGGACAGACAGAAGCAUGACCAGGCGUCCCGCUGGCUCGGACAGCUGCAGCGAUCGGUACAAGCGUGGAAAGUGGCUGACCAGCUCCUUCACCUCAAGCACGAUGGCAACUCCUGUUUCUUUGCGGCACAGACUCUCCGCACCAAGAUACAGCUAUACUUUGGGGAGCUCCCAGUGGAGGCACAUGCGUCCCUGCGUGCCUCCAUGCUGGAGCACAUGAGUCACAUCACAGAACACACCUAUCAGGGCAUCGCCACGCAGCUGUGUGUGGCGCUGGCUGACCUGGCGCUUCACAUGGCCUCCUGGAGUGACCCCAUAGGUGACCUCAUCACCCAGUUUGGGCCGGAAUCCUCCAAGCCCAACCUGGUUCCUUUACUGGAAGUGCUCAUCGCCCUGCCGGAGGAGCUGCACUCGCGCCAGCUCCGCCUCGGACUCAACCGGCGCAAGCAGCUGGAUGAAUACUUCCACUCACAAGUUCCUAACAUCACCAAGAUCCUGCAUCUGGUGGUGGUGAGUGAGGGCACCACCAAGGAGAGCACCCACCUGAAGGCUCUCCGCUGCCUCGCCUCGUGGUUCAACAUCCACUCGCAGAACUGGGUGCUACUUCUCAACACCUGCCUAGUGGAUGACAUCCUCACCGUCGUUGGCAACCCGCAGGUGGCUCCCAGGUUACAUGAGAUUGCGACAGACUGUGUGUGUUCAGCGAUGAUCAUGCUGGAGGCAGAGAGGAUCCAGCCCUUAGCAGAGACCCUGUUUGCCGGUGUGCUGCAGAUGGGCAACGCUUACCACCUGGCUGUUGCUCUGGAGGACAUCAAUGCUAUCACCAACUAUGCCAGGAUCUUCUCUGAGCUUGGAGAGACGCUGGUGGAGGUGAUGGUGGAGCAGCCAGGGCAAGGUCUGGGGUCACUGCAAGUCCUCCAUCUACUCCUCACCUGCAUUGGCCAUCAUGACUGGGAGGUGGCAGAGAUCACCUUCAACUUCUGGUACAAGCUGUCCGAGGUGCUCUACAAGAAGAACUGUGAUAAUGUCAAUGAGCAGUUUAAGCCUUACGUGGAGAGACUCAUAGAGGCGCUCUACCGACACUGCCAGAUGGAGCCAGACCAUGACACCAUCUUGGCGCAGCAGGACGACUUCUAUGAGUUCCGGGAGCGUGUGCAGGAGCUGAUCAAGGACGUGGUGUUCAUCUGUGGCUCCAAGCUGUGUUUCCAGCAGAUGGCACAUGUUCUGCAGGCGCCGGACGUGGCCAAGAACUGGAACCUUAUGGAGGCAGCGCUCUUCAUCAUGCAGAGUGUGGCCAAGAACCUCAUACCGGAGGAGAAUGAGGUAGUGCCACCCAUACUGGAGGGAGUGUUGAGCCAGCCGGAGGACGUACACCUACAAGUGGCCUUCACCUCAGUACAGCUGAUGGCGGAGCUCAACGAGUGGAUCGCCUGCCACCCCAACUUCCUUCCCCACGUGCUUCAGUUCCUCACCCAGCGGCUCCACAACAAGCACCUGGCCACUGUCUCAGCAAAGGCCCUGGACGCCAUCUGCCAGAGUUGUCGGGACCACAUUGAGGAGCACUUUGAUGGCCUCAUGCAGAUCAUCGCUUCCCUGGACUCCUUCAGUAUCAGCAAUGAGGCCGUGGUAGGGCUACUCAAGGGCGUCGCUUCCAUCCUUGGCCGCCUCCCUCGCUCCCGCAUCAAGGACAACAUGCGGCAACUCUGUCGUCUGCAGAUCACCAGCCUUGGGAAGCUGAUUGAGGAGAAUGUUCCACCAGAGAAGAACACCAAGAAUGAUCCAGUGGUGUGGCUGGACCGCCUUGCUGCCAUUUUCCGCAACGUGAAUCCCACCGUGCAGAAUGGGGAGCAGCACCCCUGUCAGGAGGUGGUGAUGGAGGUGUGGCCCACUCUGUCACUGACCUUCCAGAAAUUCAGCAGUGACCUACGGGUAAUGGAGCACUGUUGUCGCUGCUUGCGCUUUGCUGUUCGCUGUGUUCACCAGCAGUCUGCGCCCCUCCUCUCCCCUCUCGUCGAACAGAUUGUGGGGCUGUAUGUCUCCCAUGGACACAGCUGCUUCUUGUACCUGGGUAGUAUCUUGGUGGAUGAGUAUGCCAGCGAGGCGGGCUGUGUGGGAGGCCUGCUAGCCAUGCUGGAGGCCUUCACACAGCCCACCUUCAACCUGCUCACACAGCCCAACGGCUUCCGCGACCACCCUGAUACCGUGGAUGACUGGUUUAGGCUGUGUGCCAGGUUCCUGCAGAGAGCGCCGGUGCCUUUCCUGCAGUGCUCAGCUGUCAACACCAUCCUGGAGUGUGGUAUUCAAGCCUGCAUGCUGGACCAUAAGGAGGCCAACUCAGCGGUGCUCAAGUUCUUCCAAGAUCUCAUCGAAGCCGGGAGGAAACGUGAGGAGCGUCCCGACUUCGAAACCCGGAGGACUCUUGUGACGGAGAUCUUCAAAACUCACGGAGAGAACCUGGUAGGGAACCUUGUGACGGCCGCUGUGUUCAUCCUCCCUCAGUACAUGCACCACGAUGUCGCCGAAACUUUCUUCCAGAUUAUGCAAUACGACCGUCCAAAGUUCUGUGUGUGGCUGGAAGCAAAACUGAAGGUGCUUCCAACCAAGAAUGCCGGCGGGGUGGAGGCUGUUAGUGCUGCUGAGCUGGCUGAGUUCCACAAAGCUGUGACGCAGGCUGAACGCACUAAAGAAAUCACCCGCGCUCUUGUUGACUUCUCCAGGUUUUUCAGCUGACACGACGGGCCAGCUAGGUGAGGCCGCCACUCUGGGAGGUGACCGCCUGCAGCAAGGACAGUGGAGGUGUGGUGUGAUGUGUGGGCAUCAUGCCACGUCCCGGGGCAGUCCGUGAUCUGCCCGUCCUGCCAGCCUGGGGUGGUGUGCCAUGGGCCGUCUCAUCGUCUGUGAUUCUCCCAUUAGAGAAUCUUGAAGUGACAGCUAUUAAAAUCUGCUCUAUUUUUAACUUCUGGGAAUUUCCAAGCUCCUGGGAUAGUUGUCAAUCAAAUUUUCCGUCUUUUCUCCCCUGGUGGGAUGAUUGCAAUGCCUGCCUCAGUCACUCACCGUGUCUCCACGCCUUCACGUCAUAGAAAGUAAAUUUUUACCUUGAUACGUGAUUGGUAUUCAUUUUGCCUAUUUUUUUUGUUGAAUGUAUUGCUUUUUAUUAACUUUGAAACAAGGUUUCUUUGUGAAACCACAAUAAUCACUCAGAAUUUUUAAAUUUUAUGUUUGGCUGUGAGUGUGUGAGGCUUGAGGUCUGUGAGUCCCUGUGGAAGUAAACACCUCAUCUUACUAGACUUUCUGGGGCACUGGUCAGGGUGCAGAGUAAUUUUGAGAGUAAACGUUUUAGCUACUCAACUUGCAAGUAUAAAUGUUGCACUGGACAGACUUGUAUAAAUUGUAGAUUGUGUUUUAUAUUUUUAUUCUGCAUGUGGCCAGGAGUCUUGACCCACGUAGAGGUUCCUGCCAAGUCCCUCUGGUGGUCCCUGCUUCCCUCUUGUGAUAGUGAGGUUGCUGCUGCAACACCCCUCUCAGUUGUCAACACUGGAGAUCACUUCUAUCAUAAGAUAACCCCUUGGCCCUUGGGUUAACAUUUUUUCCAUCACAGUGGAGCAAAAGUUUGUCUGAAGAUGUGUUGAUAUUACAAUGCAGUCUACUUUCUCCUUGUGAAGAACACUAAGCUGUUUAUCUGACAGUGUGCACCAUUGCCACUAUAAAACAAAGAAUCAGCAAAGUAUAUUCUAACUUUUAUUUUGCUUACAAUGAAAAUUUGAUGAGUAAUUAUUGUUUUUUUUUUUUUUUUUUUUUUUUUUUUUUUCCUAUCAAACUUUGAUGUACUCAUAAUGUCUUACAUAACGUUAACAAAUGGAAUUCCUCAGGCAAAGUGUUGAAAAACAUGCAGAUGAUCCCCUUGCCCUCUGUGGGCGACACAUUACACAGUAUCCAUUUCUUAUAAAUUACUGGAUGAUGCUUCUAGUCCAAGCUUACUCUUCUCCCCUCCAGUCACUCCUCACCAACCAGCCAGCUGUUGUGUGGCCAGCAGUCAGGACGCUGUGCUGUGUUCUGUUGUCUUGACUCAACAUUUCACAGGUGAAUCUCAGACAUGACACCUUUCACACACUCAGGAUGUUGCAAUUAGACUUUAUUAUAUCAUUAUUAAUUAUUAUUAUUAUUAUUAUUAAUUAUUUCUAUUAUUAUUAUUAUUCUGGUGAUGUUAGUUUUCCAUGUGGUGUGUGUCCUGGAUGUGUGAAACUUGCCACGUCAAGGGGAAAGUUCUUUUCGACUGGGCCUUUUACCCUGUUAAGUUGACACCAUGCUGUAACCAGUGGAGAAAACUUAUCUGUAAAGAAGUGCACCUGUAAGUAGGUCUGUGUGGUGAGGCCAAGCCCUCAGUUUGCAAGGCAGUCCCCUGCUCAAGAUGGAAGUGGUUGGCACAGCAGUGAGAUGUGAGGGAGAGGACCUGGACACAGGAGAUUUACUAUUUCCACUCCACCUCUCCACCCCAACUCCAUACCGCCAAGGUCAUUCCCCACCCAUAUGUGGCUGGCAUAUUUGUUUUGUUAAGAUAAAUACAGUCAUAAUUACUUUGUAUUA